AUGAAUAGCUGCACUUGCUCUGAGCAGCAUUUACUUAAGGAGGGCAUGCCGCUAGUUUUCUAUGUUCUUGGUGUAGGAGAAACAGAAACUUCAUCCAUGGCUUACCAUCGUAUCGGGGGAAAUGAUAUCCUGCAAAUCCGUUUCUUCAAGAUAAUUCUUAAAACUAAUCUUGAAAGGAUUAAAAUACCUAAUAUGUUUACAAGGAGAUAUGGAGGUGGUUUAUCAAAUCCAGUGUUUGUCAAGCCUCCAGAUGGCACUGAAUGGAAAGUGUACUGGACAAAACAGAAUGGUGAGAUUUGGUUCGAAAAAGGUUGGAAAGAAUUUGCUGAAAAAUACUGUCUAGAUAAUGGCUACUUGGUGGUGUUUAAAUAUGAAGGAACUUCCCAGUUUGACGUGGUCAUACUUGACCAGAGUGCUCUAGAAAUAGACUACCCUCAGAAGGCUAGACAAAAGUCACCACUAUUUUCUCCUAGACCUCAUAAGAAAAUGAGAGGUGAGAAGGCUACUCAAAGAACUUCAUCACUGAAUCGGCCACGCGAAGUAAAAGCUCGGGAAGUAGCUAAAAAUUUCAUCUCAUGCAAUCCAUUUUUCACGGUUUUCCUAAAGCCUGUUCAUCUGGCAGAAUCCCAGCUGAGCGUACCAGAUUUGAAAGGUUAUAUUGAGAACAAGGAUAAAUAUGUGACGCUGAAGCUUGGGAAAGGAUCAUGGCAUGUGAAGUUGCUCAGUAGUCACAAGUCCCGUUCAAGGAAUAGACUCUCUGCUGGUUGGUCCUUGUUUGCAAGCGAAACUGAAUUGCAACCAGGAGACGUUUGUGUCUUUGAACUGAUUAACCGAGAAGAUUCCGUUUUUAUGGUUCAUGUUUUCAAAAGCCGUAGUUAA